UCUCGCGGAAAACUUGAACCUGAAGCGAGCCGAGGUAAGUCACCGGUCAGUACUCAAUAGUCAGUCCACCACUUCUUGACGCGCCCGCUCCACCCCACUGCUUCCUUCCCUCCCCACCCACAACACCAAAUCCAACCGACGAUCGUUUCUUCCACCUCCCGUAGUUAGGCCGGCGGAGCAGCGAGCAUGCACCGCGAUCCAAACCCCUUCGACGAGGGCGCCGACGAGAACCCCUUCUCCAAUGGAGGAGGACGUGGUGCUGCUGCUGCUGGUGGCAAGUCCAAGUUCCAGUUCCGCCCGGCAGAGCCCGCCGGAUUCGGCGGCGGCGGUAACAGCGACGCCGCUGUCGACAUUCCCCUCGACAACAUGAAUGAUUCGAAUGGCAAGGCUGGGGAGCUCUCGCAAUGGCAGGCAGAUCUCAAGAGGCGAGAGGCGGACAUCAAGAGGAGGGAGGAAGCUCUCAAGAGUGCCGGGGUGCCCAUGGAGGACAAGAACUGGCCGCCGUUCUUUCCAAUCAUCCACCAUGACAUUGCAAAUGAGAUACCAGCCAACGCGCAGAGGUUGCAGUAUCUUGCGUUUGCGAGCUGGCUUGGCAUUGUGCUUUGUCUCUUCUGGAAUUUCAUUGCUGUCACCGUCUGUUGGAUCAGAGGGGGAGACUCAAAACUUUUUUUCCUGGCUACUAUAUAUGGCAUGCUUGGAAUUCCUUUAUCGUACUUGAUGUGGUAUAGGCCUCUCUACCGUGCGAUGAGAACUGACAGCGCAUUCAGCUUUGGGUGGUUUUUCCUCUGUUACAUGCUCCACAUUGGCUUUUGCAUAAUUGCUGCCAUUGCUCCACCAAUCGUAUUUCGUGGAAAGUCGUUAACGGGUAUACUGGCUGCAAUCGAUACAUUCUCUGAUCAUGCAUUAGUUGGGAUAUUUUACUUUGUCGGAUUUGCCUUGUUUUCCUUGGAGACAGUUGUGAGCAUUUGGGUUCUUCAGAGAGUAUACAUGUAUUUCAGAGGGCACAAGUAGAAGUGGGCAACGGAGGAAAAAUACCAAAUUAUGUCUGCGGUUCUGUGCAUACAUACAAGUACAUGUCAUUCUUUGUAUGGUAUUGACUGUGACGGACAUAAUUACCUUCCAAGUUUGUUUGGUGGAGAGGGUAGCAGUGUGGCACCAUUAUAUAGUGUUUUUUCUGGAACGAUCUGUUAUUUGAAGCUUGGAUUAUUUACCUAUACAAAUUACAAUUCAUUCAUAUUUUUGGGUGCUUGUUUGGUUUGCUUGUGUGCUCUACAAGACCAUGGUUGUUGGAACCUAAAGACAGCAAACCAUAUGGGGA